GGUGACCCUUGCACUUUCGUUAUGUGAAACUCUCUAGGUAGCAAUAUAUAUUUUGUAUUGUAGUUUACAUUCAGUCCUUGGGUAUGUACAUAAUUGUUAAUGGAAACUUUAAAUGGCAGAUAAGUGAUUGUGCUUUUUCCUGGUCAAUAAAACAGCGCCAUCUUUUCAUUGCAUCACACGGACGCUGUAACAAGGGCAACAGUGUGGUGAAGAGUAUUGGUGGUGGAGGACUUUAGUCAAUUAACAGUUUCUUAUGAAUGGGAAAGUUCUUUGUGAAUAGCUUCCAAUUGACACGUUUCAAUCGACAUCAACAAUUGUUCACCAGAAACAUCCUUGGUACUAUCUAUCGGCCAAAGAAUUACAAGCUUAGUAGGCACACUCGCACUUCGUUGAUUAUGUAGUCAAAUCUUUCGCAACAUAAGUUACAAAUUUACUUGGAUUUGAUGACAUAACUAUGUAAGGAUCAAACAUGGACUCGAUUAUGUAACAACUUCAGAAGACAUUGACAUGGUACGGUAUACAGUAUAGUUUCGUCGACAGGUAAGGAGUGAUGACGGGAGAUGACGGCGGUUCCGUUAAUUAACUAUCCUCCUGGAUACAACAAUGGAUACAUAACGAGCGUCGGAGAUUCUGGAGUGGUCAGUGAAUGUGGUAGUUUAGAUAACCCGUCAACGUUAACCCACAACUUAGGUGUAAUAGACCACGAUUCAAUUCCUCUUAGUAAAUCCGCUGUAUUGCCUGAAUCGGAAAGUUUCGUGGACACAAGUGGUAAGCCUACUAUAGAAAACGUUGUACCUGGCCUCAGUCUGCCGACCGUUGUAACUAUACAACGCCCCCAGAAUGAGACUAUCAUUAACCCCCUCCUUGAUAACUGCUACCAAAGAGCUAUUACACAAGCAAAGCAAAGGUUACUGAAAGGUGAAAUACUCUAUAAGAACGGAGAAUGGAGAAUCCCAGGAGCACCUGUUCCCUCUAGACCCGAUUAUUCGAAAGUUAAGCCUGUUAAGGAUAAAUCUAAGCAUCGACGAAGAAAGGCCAAGCAUCAACGAAGUGAAACCUAUCCCCAAGUGGUUCUGAAGGAUAAAAAGGGAUACGACAAUACUGCUUCUACUGUCAAGUACUUGGAACCAAUAUCGUUAGAAAAAAGCCUAAAUCCCAGUAACAGACUUUCUGCAAGUCAACCUGCCUCGAUCCUUGUCUCCGAGAUCGGCAAUGACUACGUCGGCAGGUCCUAUGUCCAGUUCACAGACACCGCCGUUCUCUACCCCAAGUAUUUGAGUGCUGCUGAUGUCAGGACAAGAAAUGACGAGAAACCACAAUUUUGCUAUGGCUGUCGUUCGAAUGUUUCUAAUUACGAUGAAAGAGUAAUUGAUGGACUAUAUGAUUCGGUACUUGACGUUCAAGAGUGUCAUCAUGAGGCAGACGACUCGUUAAUCAAUGACGUGCCCAUCAAAUACGAUGGCGAUGUUGCACAAUAUAGGUUUACAAUCAAUGAGAAAACAAAUGCUCCGCAGGCCAAGAGUACAAAAUAUCGGCGGGUGGGUGGAGGUUUCUUGUUCUAUGAAAAUGAAGCAAAAACCUGGAACAAUUCUUUGCCAAAAUGGGCUCAUUUCGGAGCUGCUGAAAAUUUGAGCAAUGAAAGCGUCCUCUUUAAUGUGGAUAAACUCCAAGAACCAGAUGGACCGGUUUAUCAGCCAACCAUACCCCGGGAUACACGCUCGCCUUACCCACAAUUCAUACGAGAAAGACAACAGCUCCAUAAACCGGAACUUUCAAAACCAAAAAUACACGAACGUCGUUGUUAUGCCUGCCUUCGAGCUGCGAUAAAGUACAACAUGAAUCACCACACCGAUUGCUUUACUGAUGGUGGGUCCUCGAUGACGUCUGGACUAGGAACGUCUAUCAAUUCGGAAGUCUUAAAACGACAGACUGAAGAAGAAAAUGAGGCUAGGCGAAAGGAGGAAGAUGAGAUGAAGGCGAGACAAGAAGCAAAACGGAAAGCUGAAGAAGAGGAAAAAAGACAAAAAGAGGAAUCAAGAAAAAAUCUAUAUAAAGCGCCAAAUCCUUUCAAACUCAAGGACAAUGAUAAGAAGACCACGGUGUCGACUGACCCGUUCUCGAAGAAUAGGUCUUACAACGUCCCACAACCCAAUGAGAUAGACAUUAAGAAGGGUUCAAAACCUGUAACAAAACCACAAGAGUUUAAGAGAACUGACUCCAAUUGGAAGGAACCAAAGAAAUUUGAACUAAAACAAGACGACACCAUGAAGACCACUCAGUUCUGGGAAGCUCCAAAAGGAAAGGAAAACCCAAAAUCUUCAACUAAACCGAAACUGCAGACGAUACGACCGGAAUUACUUCCGUCUCCGUCACCUGUUGCAGAAGAGGAGGUGGGAGUGGAACCGGUUCUAGAGAAAAAGAAAAAAGAACCACAACCUGUGCCGGAACCUCUAGAACCUGAAGAAGAGUCAUCGCCUAGCCCUGAACCAUCUGUAAUCGAUGAGCCAACUCCAAUGCCGAGUGUGACAGAGCCAGACCAGAAUGUUGAAGUACAGAAGUCAGACCUUGAAACGAGUGAAUCGUCGCAGAGUCCAAUGCCUGCUAAUUCCCCGCCUCAAGAACCUCUCUCAAUAAUACCUAAUGAAUUGGAACCUAAAUCACCCCCAAGAUCCCCAACUCCAGAACUACCCUUAAUAAGUGAAUUAGUCACUCAAAAAGAACCAACCCCAGAAUUAACGCCAACCCCCACCCCAGAAUACGACCCAACACCUGAAAACUCAAGUCCAGGAAUAGAACCAACACCAACCAAAGAGCCAACGCCACAACCUCCAAACGAGUCAACUCCGCCUCCAAAAGAUUCAACGCCACCACCGAAGAAGCCAACGUCCCCACUCCCACCAAAGGCGCCAACACCGAUUCUUCCACCGCUACCACAAAUCGAGGAAGCAAAUCCAAUAAUAACGCCACUCAAAAAACCAGAGAAGAAAAUUAAGUUAAAACGACUACAGACUCCGAAACCAUUGGAACCGAAGAAAGAAAGACCAAAGAUGCUACCAGAUUUGAAGCCUGCAGUUAAACAACAAAAACAACGUAAACACGAACCGAAAAAGAUACGGACGGUCAGAAAAAUUACAAAGUUACCUCAGAGACGUAAACAGCAAUUACCGUUGGUACAGCCGAAGGAACCAGUCCCAGUGUCUCUUGAGCCAGAACCACCACCGGAGACAGAAACAUUUGUUUUGCCUCCAUUACCUCUUGUUCCAACACCAGUAAUAAAUCCAGACGAGGAACCGACACUUGUUACCCCAACCCCCAUAGUAUUACCGUCCCCUCCAGCUCCUAAGAAGGAACCAAUUAUUUGGAAGAGAAUAAGGAAACAAACACGCAGAAAAUCUAAGGCGGUUGAUCAACCUGCCAGUCCUGAACAUGUCGUUAGGGAUCCUCUCGAUUAUCUCGCUAAGUAUUGCAUCGUGCAUAAAAACCGAAUCAAUUACUACGAACGAGUUUUUAGUAAGUUAGCGUCAACUGAAGAAUAUUACGAUGACGAAUAUGUAUGGAAUGAAAACUCAUUGGUUGAUGACGAAGCUCUUGCAACUGAGCGCCAUCCAUCUAAAGCAGAUGAAUUUCAAAAUACUUUUGGCCGGUCCGCUAAAUCUCCGGAUGUAGAAGAGUACAUAAGUCCAAAGGAUAUUGCAAUGGAAUGUGCAGAUAAUCGACAGACGUCAGAGAGCCCAACCAGCGACCUGGAUUCAUCUACUCAGUCUCCCAGACAUGAAGCAACUGGGGAUUCAAUUCAGAUUCAACAACGCCUUGAUAAGCUCAGCUUCAUCCUCGACAAUGUCUACUCCAAAGUUGAGCAACUUCACGCUCAAAUUCAUGAAUACGAAGAGCAACAUAACGAGAGUGUAAAAGUAUUAGCUAGAGCUGAACUCGAAAAGACUUUUCGCGAAAAGGCAAACAACUCAAAACAAUCCAAAGCUGGCAAAAAGAAGGGAAAAGGUAAGGGAAAAACGUCAGAAAAACACAACAGCAACUCAUCAACAACAUUAACUGUAGGCGGAACUCCUAAAGGAACACCACGUGGCACACCAAGGGGAAGUCCAGUCCAAACUCAACUUGUCCAUCCAAGCAAACUGACAGACGAUCAAAUUGUGGCCCGCAUAUCCUCUGCUCAAAUGCGAAUGAUCCAAGAGGAUCCUUGUAUUAGAAAAAUUAAAUUUGCCAAACUACGUGCCAACGAGAAACUUGAAGAUAUGGAAAAAUGGAUUUCAGAACUGAAAAACGAGACUUCGUUAAUGAGUGCACAGGUUUUAGAACAAACGAAGCGGGAAGAAGACAAGCGUCAAGCGAAAAAGCCUGAAUUUCGGCGCGAACAGAGUAGUCUUUACAAGAAGAUGAAUCCACUUGAGGAACAUAACAUAAAAUUGGCAGAUAUGGAGCCACUGUUGGAACAGAUCAACGGACAACUAAUCACGAAGAAAGAAUGUCAGUAUGUUUAUCACAUCCUUAACCUACCACAGCGACAUAAACUCAACUUCAAGCUAUUUACAGUUGUGGCUGCAUUGUCAGAGAAAGUGUCUAGAUUAGAACCGUUCGUGAAGAAAAUGAUCAACAAAAUGGAUUUUGAAGCGCUCGAUGUGAAGAUGCAACGUGCGAAGGAAUUAUUUAGACUCUUGGAAGACGAAUGUGACGAGACGUACCCUGGGGAGGUAACGCUCAAUGGUCUCUCCAUUGACUUGCAGGCAGGAGGCCUACGCAAAGAGCACAUUGAAUUCGUUGUAAAUAAAUUCGGACGUGAGGGCAAUGGUAUCGUUGACUUCCUUGAUUUCCUGACUUAUCUUCCGUUAUUUAUCGAUAUCCAUGGGAAUAUAGUAAAUGACCCUCUUAACAGAGGUCCAAUGACCGUCUAGUUUAGGCUGAUGCAUGGAUCAUUCGCAGAUAGGUGUGAAUAGCAUCAUCGUAAAAUCAAUCAAACAAUAUACAGUAGAACCCCUCCUUUAGGACACCCCUAUUAUUAUAUUGGAGACACUUUUUCGGCCAAGAAACGAGGGGAAGUAUAUCUUUUAACACUACGGCCAGCCCCUAUUAGGGGACACUUACCGGUACUUUGUUCCCGGCUGAGGGGUAGGGGUUAACUGUAUCUUCUGGAAAAUAUUUAAUAACAGUUUAUUUUGUUGCUGUUGAGUUUGUCAAAAUGAUAAAGUAUUAUGAUACAAAACCAUUCUUCUCUUAUUUGUGAAUUUGUGUAAUAAAAAUAUUUAAAUUAUUUCAGAAUCAGAACAAUAAUUGAUAUUAUACUUUCUUUUUAAUGCGACAAUAGUAGUAAAUGUUGAAACAAAAUUUUUGUGCGGGAUAUUAUUUUAUUAAACAUUUGGUAGGACUUCUCGAAUAAUAGAUUGGUAAAGACAAAAUCUUAUUUUUAAAAAUGUAUAAAAUGUGAAAUGACACAACUAAAUAUUUCAUGAUAUAUUUACUAUUCAGUGAUCAAAUUAUGAGGUCUAUUUAAUGAUGAUGUAUGAUAAGAAGUAUAUAGAUUUUUAAAAACAUGAGAAAAUAAAUUGUAAUUUCAUAAUUCGAA